AUGCCCCCCCUCACCUUCCAAAACCCCAUAAUCCCCGGCUUCAACCCGGACCCCUCCAUCGUGCGCGUCGACGCCGACUACUUCCUCGUCACUUCGACCUUCGAGUACUUCCCGGGCAUCCCCAUCUACCACAGCACAGACCUGCUCAACUGGACGCUGAUCGGCCAUGUCCUGACGCGGCGCUCGCAGCUGGAUAUGCGCACGACCGAGCCGAGCGGGGGCGUUUGGGCGCCGACGAUCCGGUACCAGCGCGGGGCCGGGGACCAGGGGAAGGAAAAGGGGAAGGGGAGGUUCUAUGUUAGUGUGGGGUGCACGCAGCGGUUUCGGCCGAAGGAGUGGGAUAUCGUGAUCCCGCGCGGGUUCUACGUUAGCACGGAGGAUAUCUGGGCAAGGGAUUCGUGGUCUGAGCCUGUGUACUUCGAUGUGCCGGGGAUAGACCAGGAUCUCUUCUUCGACGCAAACGGCAAGACAUACCUCAGCGCCGUCAACCAAAUCAGCGACCCGAGGAUCUCCAAGCACGCCCUCGGCCUCGCAACAUUCACCGUUCAGAUCGAUCUCGCGAGUGGGCGGUGUCUGGCGCCGCCACGCUGGAACUGCAUUUCGCGGCAUGGGCUUGGUAUUGCUGAGGGGCCGCAUAUCUUCCAGAAGGACGGGUACUAUUAUCUCUCGACUGCGGAGGGGGGUACUGACGAGGGCCAUCAGCAGUGGAUUCGGCGGAGUACGGUAGGGCCAUUUGGGCCGUGGGAAGAUGCGCCGGAGGGCGUGAACCCGAUUCUGUGGAAUGGCGAUGAUCGGGAGGUACGGUGUACGGGGCAUUGCGAUUUUGUGGAGGCGGGGGAGCAGUGGUUUGCGGUGUUCCUGGGCGUGAGGGUUGUCCAGGACGGGAAUGGGGAGGCCAAGGCCGAGCUCUCGCAUCUAGGCCGCGAGACGUUCCUUGCGCCGGUGGAGUGGAGGGACGGGUGGCCUGUCGUUAAUGGGGGAGAACGCAUCUCGCUCGAGAUGCAGAUGCAGAUGCAGACAUCGACCACCUCCACUGAGAAGGCAACAGCGGUGCAGCAUCGCCCUACCUCCUGGCGCGACGACUUCUCCUCCCCCACCCUCCAACUUGGCUGGUACGCCCUGCGCACGCCGCUGAAGCGCGAGUACUCGCUCACCCAGACGCCCGGGUGUCUAAGCCUGUACGGCAACGCAUACCGCAUCCACGACCCCGAGUGGCCGAGCAUGCUGCUGCAGAAGCAAACAGAGUUCUCGGUGGACUGGCGCGUGGGGCUGCAGUUUUCCCCGGAGAACGCACUCGAGGAGGCAGGAACGGCAAUCUGGUGGUCGCAGUUUGCGUAUGCGUCGAUUGGGCUGCGGAGGGCUGCGGAGGGUGGGUAUGAGGUGCGGUUCCGCGGGUAUACGGGGGAAGGGGAUACGUUCGAGGAAACGGUGCACGCGGUCAAAUCCACUGCGCUCGAACUGCUGAUCCGCGCCCGCCCAGCCACCUACGAGCUCCUUUUCUCCAUCCCGGGCGAGAGACCCACCAAGCUCGGCGGCAUCGCGAGCUCAGCGCUGACGGUGCGGCAUCCUGGCCGCGAGUCGCCGAAUACAGGGGCGCAUUUUGCGAUCUAUGCGCAGGGGGCGUAUGGCAUGCCCUGUUUGCAGCCGGCGGUGUUUUCGUUUGCCGAGUGGAGGUGUGUGUAA